AUGCCAGAAAACCUCCAAACAAGAUUACAUAACUCACUCGACGAGAUAUUGAAAUCAUCAGGAUACAUAUUUGAGGUAAUCGACCAAAACAGAAAACAAAGCAAUGUGAUAACUAGCCCCAACAACGAACUAAUCCAAAAAUCCAUAACCCAACUGCUCAACGGCGAAAUCCAAAACUUCCAUGCUAUUCUAGACCAAACAGUGUCGAAACUCAAUGAUGCAGAGUGGUGUCUCGGCGUUAUGGUUGAAAAGAAAAAGAAACAUGACGAAUUGAAAGUCAAAGAAGAAGCGGCAAGAAAGAAACGUGAAGAAGAGGCCAAGAAGAAGGAAGAAGAGGCCAAAAAGAAGGCAGAGGAGGCCAAGAAGAAGGAAGAAGAGGCCAAGAAAGCAGAGGAGGCCAAGAAGGCAGAGGAAGCCAAGAAGGUAGAAGAAGCAGCCAAGAAGGCAGAGGAAGCCAAGAAAGCAGAAGAAGAGGCCAGAAAGAAAGCAGAGACCGCCCCACAAAAGUUUGACAAUUUUGACGACUUUAUUGGCUUUGACAUCAACGACAAUACCAACGACGAAGACAUGUUGUCCAACAUGGACUACGAGGACCUAAAAUUGGACGACAAAGUACCUGCCACCACAGACAACAACUUGGACAUGAACAACAUACUUGAAAACGACGAGCUGAUACUAGACGGGUUGAACAUGACAUUGCUCGACAAUGGCGACCACGUAAACGAAGAGUUUGAUGUAGACAGCUUUUUGAACCAGUUUGGUAAUUAG